AUGGAAGAACCCAUUCCCCCAUUUUGCUGGUGCGACAACAACAAGAGGUCCAAAAUCAUCACUUCGUGGACAGACGACAAUCCAGGAAGAAGAUUCGCGAGAUGUGUGGAUAAGGAACAUGGUUGUCAUUUUUGGGUUUGGAUCGAUCCACCUAUGUGUGAAAGGUCAACCGAAGUGAUUCCUAAACUUUUGGGGAAAAUUAAUCAAUUGAGGAAACGCUUGAAUCUGUUACGGGGUGAAAAUGAAGAAGAUAUGAUAGGACGACUCAAAGAGGAAAAUGUUCGAAUGAAAAUUGAGAUUGCAAAUCUUAGAAAUCAGUUGAACAUGUACAAGUUCUUGUUUGUGAUAUUGGUGUUAUACGCUGUGAUUUGUUGGGCUACUGGUGGAGGUGGCAACCAGCUUGAAAUUGAUGGAGGUAUUUGA